AUGUCGCUUCCAGCCGCACUCAGUAAAAGGGUCACGGCGCAUCGUGAAGACGAGGAUAUACUGGAAGAUGAGCUCUCGGGGUCAGAAGACUCGGGCUCCAUCAGCGGCGAUGGUGACGGGCUUACCGACGAAGACGAGGAUGAGUCCGAAGAUUCGGAUAUGUCUGAUGACACCCCACCUUCUGAGCACAACGGAAAUAAUGAUAUCAAAUCCACCUUGUCGCAAAUUUCAUUCGGAGCUCUUGCGAAAGCCCAGCAAUCCCUAGGGUCUGUGAAAAGAGGACCAAAGAGGAAACAUGGGGAGGAUAAUGAAGGGGGAGAAGAGGACCUAAAUAUUAGGUUUAAAAAAUCCAAGUCGGACGCCCUGAAUGAACUCCGUGAACGAAUCCGAAAAGCAAAGGAGGAGAAGGCUUCCAAAGCAGAAUCGUCGAAGGAUGAGAAAGCUCCAAUUAAGAAACCGAGAGAGUCCCGGUCCUCAAAACACGCGCCGGCAGUCCAAUCGAGUAAAUACGCUGUUACCCGUCGACGAGUUGUUGUUGAUGGAGAGAAUGUCGCCCAAGUGAAAGCGCGUGAUCCACGGUUCGACAGCGCAGUACAAAGCUAUAGCCAUAAUCACAGGGCCGCACCCUCAUCGGCUUCUCAUCCAGAUCCGACCGUGGCUAAGAACUACGCAUUCCUAAACGAUUACCGGGAGGCCGAGUUGAAAGAGCUUAAUGAGCAGCUACGUCGAACUAAGAACGAGGAUGAAAACUACCGGCUGAAAAAGGUUAUUACUUCCAUGCAAGAUAGGAAGAGGACAUAUGAGCACCGAGAUAGAGAGAGGGAGGUGCUAGCGAAGCAUCGUAGGAAGGAGAGGGAGUUAAUUAAGGAGGGAAAGAAGGAGAAGGCAUGGUUCUUGAAGAAAGCGGAUCUGAAGAAGGAGGUGCUCAAAGAGAAGUAUGAAGGUAUGGGAGCCAGGGAGAGACAGAAGGGUAUUGAAAGGCGGAGGAAGAAGGUGGCUUCUAAGGAGAAGAAGGAAAUGCCGAGGAGUAGAAGGGUGGUGGAGGAAUGA